AUGAAAAAGCAGGAUCUCCAGAUCUUGGAGAUGAAGGACUGGAGAAAGCAAAUGGAUGAAAGGCUUUCGAGUUGGAGCUCUCAUUUGGAAUCGAAGGUGGAUCUUCAAGCAGGACAAUUCCAAGCCUUAUCCUCCCAGAUAACUGAAAUGAUGAAGAUGAUGGCGGAACAAAGAAAGGAAAUGGCACCAAAUGAAAAAACGUUGGAGUUUGCAGUAAAAAGCAAGCAAAUUAAUUCCUCUCCUGCCAAAACUUAUAGUCAACCUGUCAGGCUAUCGCAUGUGAUCAGAAACAACUCCAGCAAUACUAAGAAGGAACCUUUCAAAAGGUUGUCUCCCCAGGAGAUUCAGUACAGAAGGAACAACCAAUUUUGUUGGAAAUGUGGGGAGAAGUGGGGGACUGGUCAUGUUUGCAAGUUGAAACAGAUCAAUGUCAUAGCUGUUGAGGACGAAGAUGACCUGGGAGACUUGAAUUUGAUAGAAGAUGACAGUGUUGAUGCGAGGAACUUGAUGAUACUUCCUGAAGCUCAAAUCCAAGCAAUUACUCAGAUGGAGGACUGUUGGGCAAUGGAGGAUGAGGACAGGAAGAUUAUUGUCAUUCUUGGGUUCAUUCACAAAGAAUUAGUCAAGAUCCUGACUGACACAAGAGCAUCCAAAAGCUUCAUCAAUUCAGGAUUAGCCAGGAAAAUGAGAUUUGCUACAAGAACCAUUAGACCCUACGUGGUAACAGUAGCUGAUGGUCACAGGAUAAGGAGUGAUCAGCCCUGUCCAGAAGCACAAUGGUCCAUUCAGCAAUAUGAUAUCCAAUUUGAUCUUAAGGUCAUUGAACUAGGGGAAUGGGACAUCAUACUGGGCACUAAUUGGCUUUCCAGGUUUAGUCCUAUCCUCUUUGAUAAUGACAAGUUCACUAUACAACUUAGCAGAAAGGGAGAGAGUUUCAUACUACAAGGGGAAGCUUAUGAGGCACACAAAAGAAUCCAAGCAGUAAUGGACAGGGUGGAAUACCAUAAAAGAAAAAGAGAAGAGUGGCAAUGGGAGCAGGAACUAAGGAGAUUAGAAGACAGAAGAAGAUUCAGAGCUCAUCAUCAGGGUCAUGAUUCAGUUCAAGUGAUGAAGCAUAGUUCUUGCUCUGUUCAGUUAUUCAACAAGUCACGACACUAUGUUGCUUUUAAGGUCAAGACAACAAGUCCAAAGAAAUACUGUGUCAAACCAAACACAGGCAUUAUGGAGCCAAAGUCUACAUUUAGUUUUGAAGUGACUAUGCAGGCACCACGUGUUGCUCCUGAUAUGACAUCAAAGGACAAGUUCUUGGUUCAAAGUACUGUAGUAGAUGCAGGCACAACUGAGGAGGAAAUCACGUCUACCUUGUUUGCGAAAGACAACAACAAAUAUGUGGAAGAGCGCAAGCUGAAAGUUAUCCUCCUCAGUCCACCUAAUUCACCUGUACCCUCACCAAUGGAUGGAGUUCAUAACCAGUUUCCUGCUUAUGACACGUCACCUCUGGAAAUUUCGCAAAGGCGUGAAAACAUGAGGCUCCAAUUCAAAGUGAAUGAUGACAUAGUAGAGCCCAAACUUAAAAAUGCUGAGCCAUUAGCUUCAGCAAAGGCUUUAGACCUUCAAUCGAUGACAAGCGUACAGCAACUGCGGCUGGUCAAGGAUAUCAACGAUUUGAAGCAAAAAAUAAAUGAAAUGGAAACAAAGUUAACGGAGGUUAGAGUUUUUGCCCAGUUUAUUGUUGCUUGUAUGAUAGACAUGUGCUAAGUUUUUGCUAUUUCUCGUUGCAGGCGCAAGAAACCAUUUCGAAGCUAACAGAAGAGAGGAAGUCAAUUACACAAGAUAGUGAUAGCUUACAGCAAGAAAUGGUAAGUGCACAUCUACCUGAAGAUUUGUGACCAGUGUUAUAAGGGUUUCUUGCUUAUUUGUACACUGUAUGUUUAAACUUGAGGUUUUGCACUUCGUGGACACCACGAGGACUUGGAGACUGGACUAAUAACAAUGUGUGGCAAGUGCUAUCAUAUUGCCUCGAGUCAUGCAUCCUUUGUCUGAGUACCUUCCCUACAUUGAGUUUGGCAUGGUUGAUUUUCUACUCUAGUGAAUUUCAUUUUACAUGCUUAAUGUGAAAUUGGACUGAUUGCUCCUGAUAAUUGCCCUGCCUAGAUGAAGUUUCUUUGCCAUAACUUGAAGAAAUUUGAAUAAUUUGUACUCCUUCUGUCCCAAAAUUCUUGUCCAGUUUAGAUUUUCACUUCUAGAUCAAUUUGUACUAAAAAUAAAAAUCCAAACUCGACAAUAAUUUUGGUAGGGAGGGAGUAACAUUUAUCUCAAGGUGCAUGUAUCUAUAUGAGGAAUAUAGUCUCGGGUGCGAAUGGGGCAUUAAGCUUCUUUGAAAAGAUUGGUUACUUGUUCCUGGUGCCACUUGUAGUUUGGUUCUCUUUUCUUUUAAUUGGUUCAUUCUGUUGCUGAGGCAUAAUUACCCUGUUCUUUACUCCAUUUCAUAUUUGAGCUCUGAUUUUCUUCUCUGUAGGCACAGUUGAGAAGCAAGAAAACCGUGAAAAGAGUUCAAGUGGGAUUCCCCUUUUUCUACGUUUGCAUGGUUGCGCUUAUCUGUUUCUUUCUCGGAGGUUCCCUACGCAGCUGAUGAAUGAGAACCAGUAAAGCCACCAUCUCCAUGCCAUGAUGGU